UAUAGAAUCAAGCAUAAUAAUUCCAGAUGCCUGUGACUUCUGCAGAGUUUCGUUGAUAAGAGCUUUAUGGUAGAAGAUGGAGUUUCUUGGAACGACUCAGACUGCCAGUUACUGCAGCCCAAAAAAAUCUUAUGCUUUGUCUGAGUUGCCUCCUGCUACGAUCACUCAGGAGAGUUACCAACCUUAUCAUUUGCCAGGAUACCGACAACCUAACUCAUGGAAGCCUAAUGUAUGUUACAAAGUCUCCGCCAACCAGAGCUGUCCUGCUGAGGGGACCAGAGGCCGGAGUCCCUUGAGGCCUCCCACUAUCCUGCCUGCCCUGCGCACUGCCCUGUUCUCCCGGUAUAGCCACCAUGACUGGGACCAGUCGAACAUGGCCCAGUUGCGUGGGGCUGAAACCUGUCGGCAGUGGGCUAACAGGAUGACAGCUGAUUCUAUGAGGCUGAUGCAGGAUAAAGGCCAGUUGACUGAACAGAUGCAGGAUGGCACCUGCAGAAACCUGUGCCAAAGGCUAUCUGAUAUUGGCUUCUGGAAAUCAGAGCUGACCUAUGAACUAGACAGGUUAUUGAAUGAGAGCCAUGCACUGAGCACUGUCAAGAAGCGACUAGUGUGUGCGGCUGACGAGCUAGAAAAUCCACUGCAGGUGGCCCUCGAAUGUUUGUACCAUCGUGAAAAGCGGAUAGGUGUCGAUUUAGUCCAUGACAUUGUUGAAAAAAACCUUAUCCAGGAGGUUGAUUUGCUAAAAUGUUGUCAAGAUCAAAUAAAAAAACUUGUAGAAAGAUGUGAUGCUCAGCUGCGGGAUAACCGAGAUGCCCAACAUGCACUGGAGAAAGACUUAGCUGAUAAAAAUUCUGCACAGUUUAUUGAAGAGAAGUGCUUCAACCUGAGAAACACAUCAGAUGCUAUCACCUUCUUCCAUGGAGUGGAGAAAGUAGAUGACGCGGUUUCAGUACCUGAGACACUGGCCAAGUUUAGUGAUGAUAACAUUAAGCAUUCUCAAAAUAUGAGAGCCAACUCCAUCCGGCUUCGGGAAGAAGCUGAGAGACUACUGGAAGCCUCAUCAGAUCAAAUAUGGAAGCAGUAUACUAAUACCAACCUGGCAUUCAGCUCCCGAAUUUCUGAGGUGACAGAUGUGAAAAAUAAACUUCAGCUGCAAUUGGCAAAGACACUGCAGCAAAUCUUUCAGACUGAAAAUACCAUCAUGCUUUUGGAGAGGGCCAUCAUGGCCAAGGAGUGUCCAUUGAAGGUGGCUCAGACGAGGCUACAUCACAGGACCCGGCGCCCUAACGUGGAACUCUGUCGGGAUAUCCCUCAUUGCAAGCUAGUGAAUGAGACUUUCACCAUCGAUGACACUUUGAAGACUCUGAAGAUGCGACUGUGUGAGGCGCAGGAUACCUUGCACCUUCUGGUCCUCACCAAGACCCGUUUGGAACAUGAUGUUUCUGUCAAGGCCAACUCUCUCUUCCUCGACAAGGAAAAAUGUAUGGCAAUGCGAAAGACCUUUCCUAGCACCCCUCGCCUAGUGGGUUAUACUUGAAUCUGAGCCCCACUGUACUCCUAACUUGCUCUUCCUUCUCCCUUCCUCACUGCGCACGGAUAAUGGUCCACUCUUUGUUUCACCUGUUAAAUAUGUGACAAAAAGUUGGAAAUCAGAAAAAAAGAAAUCUUCACUUACUCCCCUUUUCCCAUUAUAAGAAAUAUUUAUAAAGUCAAAUAAAUAUACGAAAACCACAUUUUUGGAGUUUAUUCCUUGCUUAAAGAGCCAACUUCCUGGCAGGCAGGCCAUGAGAGAGGGCAAUGUCCCCACAAAGAUUUUGGCAGAAUUUUGCAUGGUUCCAGGGUUAGAAAGGACCUCCUUCUCUCGUAUAAUCACAGUAGUUUAGAGAUGGAAAGGGACAAAAGGAAGGGGGAUGAAUUUUUUUUUUGGGGGGGGAGGCAGGUACAAGUCUUUUUGUGAGGGUGUUUCAAGGAAGACUGGGGAGGAGGAUGGAAUCCAGAGUGAUGGUGGUGAUAAGCCUGAAACAGAUGGUACAAGUAGGAUUGGGGAGUGGGAAGGGAGAAUCAGGCUGGAAAGUUAAAUUGAAGUCAGUUUGGGGCCAUAAACACUAAAUACCAAUGAGAUCCACAGAAAGGAUAAUCUGCAUAGGCUGAAGCUGUUGGAGAAAGCUUCUGGACUCUGAAA